AUGCCGCGUUUCAUGGUAGUGGCCGGUACAAAGUCCAACCAACCGCCAAAGUACCGCCAGCCUCUGGAUUGGACGCCAAACAUUUUGGCGCAAAGUCAGCCUGCCCUGCGUAGCAACGGGGGUACGUACCUUGGUCCCUGUCCUUGCGUCAACCCACACUGAACCCACGCGCCGCUGCUCAUCCCCAAUCCCCAACCAAGCCUUCUAGAAUCGCUUCUCGCUCGCUCAGAUCAGCGCCCGUAUCUGCGUGGGGGGGCCUUUCUUUGAUACGCUUGGAUACACCUCGCCAAUUCCAGGUCUUCCGAGAGCGUGUAGGGAAGCGGACAGACUUGGGGCAUUGCUCUUUGUGCUCUCGCCUUUCGCUCACUUCGCCUGCUUAACUGAACCAAAAUGGAGAACCACCCGGCUGCAGUUCCCGAUGGGGAUGUUGCCAGCCAGAUUGCCGCCGAGGAAAAGGCCAUCAAUCUGGCGAUGAAGCGGCUCAAGCUUUUACAUAUCAAGGAGCGCCAGCUGAGAAACACCAUUCCCAAGAUGCUGGAGCCUCUGGUGCAGAAGCACCCAUCGCCAGACAUUAUGUACGCAGCCUUCAUGAAGUCUGUCAACGAUGCGCAGGCAUCCAUCAAGGACUUCACCGAAUUGAUGAAGGAUGACACCAGCAAGGCUGUCUUUGACCGCGCUGAUAAAAGCAAGGAAGCCAAUCCUCUUGGUAUUGUGCCUUGGAAGCACAAGGAUUACCCGGAUUGGUUUGUCAUGGAUAAGGAUUGAACGCCUUCUUGUUUCACAAUUUGUAUUCCACGUUCCUUGCGAAAGGGGGGAUGUUUAUAUCUGAUGAAUGGUGUUCUAUGGAGUAGGGGCGCUGAGGCGAAUUAUGUACACGAAUUAUUAUUAUUAUUUAUUGGCCAGCUCAUACCCUCGAAUUAUGGCCAGGCCAAUGGGAAAUGCAACAAUGUUGGCUGGAAUUUCUCUUUUGGGUAAUAGUUAGACCCGAAUAUCAUACUGAUUUACCAACUGUAAUAAUGCC